AUGUACCAACAACCAAAUCAUUCAUACUCAUCGAGUGAUUCCUUGCGUAGAUUGUCAUCCAAUAACCCAUUCAGACAAUACCAGCCAUCUCCAGCUCCAGUACAACCACAAUCAUCACUGCUGCUGCUUCAACUACCACAACAUGGAUUAGGGUACCAGAAUACUAACAAUAGUCAUAAUAGUAUACUAGCCAAACACUAUGCCCAUAGUCCUCGCAAAGCUUCAACCUUGAGCAAUCAAUCAACAUCAUCGGCUCAUUUCGAUGAAUGGGUAGCUAAAAACAGGCAGUUUGUUGAUGGUAGUGAUGACGAAGAACUUUAUGGUGAACCAGAAACCGAUUCACAGGUCAGCCCUAACAAAAUCCUUAGUUAUUAUCAAAAUAACAACGCAUCACUUGACAGCAAUAUUGGUGGAUAUGGAAAAACAGCUAAAAGAUAUAGUAGAAUCAAUAGUGGGGGUAGUGCCAAUGGCCAAGGAUCUCAAUACAUUGGCAACUUUAAUGAACAUCAGAGCAACAGUUAUUCACGACCCAUCAAACCACAAACUAUAAGAUCAGACAGUGACUCAAGUGUCAACUAUUCCAACAGAAUCAUGAAGUCAAAUAAUCCAUUCGUUACUGAACCAGAAGAACCACUUCCUAGCCAACGUCAAAUUCAACGCGAGCGCGAACCGCAAUUUUCCCCACCAAGACAUUCAAACACUCCACCAGCACGUCCACCAAAACCACAAGAAGAAUUUGCUCCACCAUCAUAUGAAGAAGCAGCCGGCACUGAGGCCGCAAAGAGAGAAUACAGAAGGGAAAAAGAACCAGGUUCGUCAUCACAUUCAUCUUCAACAAGACAACACCGUUCACAUUCAGAUUCACACCACCACAGAAGCCAUCGCAAAUCAUCAUCACGUCCACACAAGUCGUCGAGUUCCAGAAACAAAUCACCAAGUAAACGUAAACCAGAGGCAAUUCCAGCUAAAAAUAUGGACACUAUUGAUAAAUUGGAUGUCACAGGGUUUUUCGGCGGAGGGUUCCAUCAUGAUGGACCCUUUGAUGCUUGCACGCCACAUAGAAACAAGAAUGCAAAGAAGGCUCCUGUCAUGGCUUUCCCUGCAGAUGGACCAAAUAACUCCAUUGCUGGUGCUAGCAACUUUGAUAAAAAUCAACAGAUGAAUCUUGCUUUUGGUUAUGAUGAUGCCAAUGACAGCAAACUUGAUGGUGAAAGAAGUCAUCUUAAAGGUGAUGGCAAAGAAGCCGUACCUGUGAUUAAAACCAAUAGAGUGUCAAAUGACCCUCAAACGAGUAUGUACACACCAAAGCAAAAUCCAUCAGUAAUUGCCUUCGACUCAACGCAAAAGGCUGAACCAGUUCAUGGAUCCACCACAGCUGGUUUAGGCUCUACCACGUUCCUCGAUGGAGCACCAGCACCAAAAGGCAACGACGAUCACUUGGCACCACCAAAUGGAGGUUUGGGCAGGAAAAAGUCAUUGGUGCAACGAUUGAAAGGUAAUGGAUCAUCAAACACUUCAAGAAGAAGCUCAACUGAUGACAGAAAUAGUGGAGAAAAUGUCAGGAGGGGCUCGUUGAAUGCGUUGGAUAUUGAUACCGGCGAUGAUGAUGAUUUGAAACCGCCAGGAGGUAAUUCAUUAAUCAGAAGAGUCAAGAGUUUAAAAGUAAGGAGGUAA